AUGCCCACACUGGCGGAGCGUCUCGGCUCGGAUUCGGGUCCAUCAUCCCAUGACCGAGAGCAAGAAUUGCGGUCUCGGUUGCUGGCUUCCAAGCAAAAGUUUCGCGAUGCUCCCAGGGACGAGGUGGGCAUCGAUCAGGACAAAAGCGCUGACCGCGAGCUGUUCCUCGGCAAUCGCUCCCGCUCCAAUUCUCCGCAUCAUGACAGGCAACGCAGCCGAAGCCCCAGGCAGCGACGUGGCUCACCGUCGUACGAGAGCCAAGCUUCAACAUCUGCGGCACCCAUGCCGCCUCCGGGUCCACCUCCACCACGCCCGUACACUCAUCCGGAUCGACGUCCGCCCAGGCCGCAGGCCGACAGAUGGGUACCACCGCCGCGUGAAGAAUCAAACAAUGACCGACCACCGCGUCCAUACGAUCGGCGUCGAGAUGACGAUCGCUGGCAGGCAGACGAUCGUCGCGGAAAUCGAGGCGACUCGGGCAGAGCGUGGGGUCCAUCGCACUCCGGCGGCCGCGGUAGAUACUUUGAUGGCAACGAUGGAAAGGGUACAAACGAAGAAGACGGCAGCGGCUCCUCCGAAUACGGCGCUGCACAGUGGAAGCGUCUUCCCCGUGACCCGUACGCCUCGUCCAUGUCAUCCGGCGCCAAUCCAGGCAGCGGUGACGGCGGCUUCUUCAGCUCGCGCAACGAGCAACGUAAGAACUCGACCGUCUCCAUCUGGCCUCCAAGCCCACCUCAUCCCACGCUAGAUAGCGACGAAGAGCGCGAGAAGCGCAAACGACAUCAUCGCGAGAGCAGCAGUAGGCACAAGGACAAGGACAGGCAUGACAGGAAACGCAGCAGCAGCGAAAAGCACCACUCGUCGUCUCGAAGCCAUCGUUCGAGCUCCAGCAGACACCACAGCCAUUCCAGCAGGCACAGAGAUGACGACAGAGACUCCAGGCAUCGUCACUCGCGGUCAUCGAGACCUCACCGCCAUCGUGACGACGAUGAGCGUGACGACGUGUACGAAAAGAGGAGAAGCUCGAAACGAUCACGAUCGAAGCUGUCUGAUGAAAGCGGGCCCGAUGGCUCUGAUUCCGAGAAGAGUUCCGAUGCGGACGUGAAAUCAUCACGUCGCCAUCACAGUCGUCACAAAUCCAGCCGUUCCAGCACACGUGGUCGACGUGACUCUGAAACACGACACAGAAGCAGUCGUCAUCGUUCAGCAUCACAGUCCGACACCCGUUCCGAACAAGACAAUAAAUCCACAUCCCGCCGCAACUCGACUGCAUCCUCGGCAGGAGAUUCAGACGCCGAAGUCGGGCCCGCUCUUCCCACCGUCACUGCCGAUGGCAAGCCUGUCGAUCCGCGUGCUUACGGUGGAGCGCUGCUUCCCGGUGAAGGCUCGGCUAUGGCAUCCUACGUUCAGGACGGCAAACGUAUCCCACGACGUGGAGAGAUUGGCCUCAGUUCCGAUCAGAUCGAAGCCUACGAGAAAGCCGGUUACGUCAUGAGCGGAAGUCGACACCAUCGUAUGAACGCCGUUAGGAUGCGAAAGGAGAACCAGGUCAUCUCGGCGGAGGAAAAGAGGACCAUGUUGAGGUUGCAGGCCGAAGAGAAGGCCAAGAAGGAGAGGGAGAUUGUUUCGCAGUUCAAGGAGUUGGUUGAUACACUGCAGCCUUCGAGCGCUAAAUGA